AUGGCCAGGGGCGCGGAGCGAGGCCGCGGGGGCUCCGGCUGGGGGCUGCGGGGCGCGCUGGCGGCGGUGGCGCUGCUGUCGGCGCUCAAUGCUGCGGGCACCGUGUUCGCGCUGUGUCAGUGGCGUGGGCUGAGCGCGGCCGUGCGGGCGCUGGAGGCUCAGCGCGGCCGGGAGCAGCGCGAGGACAGCGCGGUGCGCUCCUUCCUGGCUGAGCUGAGUCGCACGCGGCGCAGGACGCCCGCGCCACCCCCGGACCCCGCCAGCGCCGCGCGCAACAAGCGCAGCCACAGCGGGGAGCCCGCGCCACACAUCCGCGCCGAGAGCCACGACAUGCUGAUGAUGAUGACCUACUCCAUGGUGCCGAUCCGAGUGAUGGUGGACCUCUGCAACAGCACCAAGGGCAUCUGCCUUACAGGACCCCCUGGCCCACCAGGAUCUCCAGGAGUCGGUGGGCUUCCGGGACACAACGGAUCAGACGGACAGCCUGGUCCCCAGGGCCCAAAAGGAGAAAAAGGAGCAACUGGAAAACGAGGAAAACUGGGGCUGCCUGGAGCCACAGGAACUCCAGGGGAGAAGGGAGACCCUGGUGAGCUGGGCUUGACUGGAAAUGAGGGCCCAGCAGGGCCAAAGGGUGACAAAGGAGACAAAGGGGAUGUGUCCAAUGAUGUGCUCCCCACAGGUGCUAAAGGCGACCAAGGCCCACCUGGACCCCCUGGACCCCCGGGCCCUCCAGGUCCCCCAGGACCACCUGGAAGCAGAAGAGCUAAAGGCCCUCGGCAGCCAAACAUGUUCAAUGGCCAGUGUGCAGGUGAGACGUGUGCCACACCGAACGAUGGUACGUUGGUUGGAAAGGCUGAUGAGAAGGCCGGGGAUCACCAUUCUCCGCCAGCAGAAUCUGUGAUCGCUUCCAUCGGGAGUCCAACACAAGUACUGAAAGUUAGAGAGACAUUUGGGACGUGGAUAAGAGAGUCUGCAAACAAGAGUGAUGAGAGGAUCUGGGUGACAGAACAUUUCUCAGGCAUCAGGGUGAAGGAAUUCAAAGACCAACCAUCACUGCUAAAUGGCAGUUACGCACUCGUGCAGCUGCCGUAUUAUUUCCAUGGCUGCGGGCAUGCUGUUCACAACAACUCUCUCUACUACCACAAAGGAGGUUCCAACACCAUAGUGAGAUUUGAUUUUGGCAAAGAAACAUCCCAAACUCUGAAGCUUGAAAAUGCCCUGUAUUUUGAUCGAAAAUACCUUUUUGCAAAUUCCAAGACUUACUUCAAUUUAGCUGUGGAUGAAAAGGGCCUUUGGAUUAUCUACGCUUCAAGUGUGGAUGGCUCGAGCAUUCUCGUCGCCCAAUUGGAUGAGAGGACAUUCUCUGUGGGGCAACACAUCAAUACCACAUACCCCAAAACCAAGGCCGGCAAUGCCUUCAUUGCCCGAGGGAUCCUUUAUGUUACAGACACCAAAGACAUGAGGGUAACAUUUGCUUUUGAUUUGUUAGGAGGGAAACAGAUCAAUGCUAACUUUGAUUUAAGAACUUCCCAGUCUGUUCUUGCCAUGUUAUCAUAUAAUAUGAGAGACCAGCAUUUAUAUUCGUGGGAAGAUGGCCAUUUAAUGCUUUAUCCUGUGCGGUUUUUGUCAUCUACAUGAAACCAGUGAAGAGAGGCAUCCUGUUCCCCUCAGUAACUUUCAAAUGUUCUCUGGCAUCAUUUAUAUCCCAACAUAAAUCUUGUCUGUAGGGUAACCAGGUACUUAGCUGUCAUAAUCUCAUGACAUGAGUGUUGAUAUGGUCAGGGAACCCCCUUUAAGUUCAGAUUCCUUAGGGGGAAAUAGCAAAGACGAAGUCAAAAAAAGCUGAGAUGUGGUGAUUUCUCCACAGACUAGCUGGCCAAGUUACCCCUCCCUCGUUAGGCCUUGUUUUCCCGACCGGUAAUAGGCAAGGCCUGGCGAAGAUGAUUGGCAAGAAUUCCUCCACCUGUAGGAAACUCCAUGAUUCUUGCCGUUGCUGCCCUCCCAGCGGUUAUACAUUUGGUUUUGGAUUUCGGUUAUACAUUUGGUUUUGGAUUUCGGGUAUUUAGCCGCGUGCUGAGCAAAUUUACCUCUGAGUUUCUAAGCCUAGUGACUUGAGCGGAGAAUUCCUGAGUACUGACUUGUUUUCAGUGCCUAGGGAAGCCUCUUGGACCCUUUCAGGGUGCGGAGGAACCAGAUUGCUUGUAAUUUAUUACCUUUCUCUGCCUCUGCACCUGCCACCCCAGCACCACAAUGAUCAUUAUCCUCAGCUCCCGCUGGUCCCUCCAGGAUUAGCAAAUAAGCCAGGCACAGGCUACACGCUCGGGUUUGCUAAUAAAACAGAAAUAGGCCCUUCUGGGCUUCCAUCCAUCUCUGAGCAUGCUGAUUUGCAGGUGUGGAUAAACGUUGACUCCUCAGGUCGUCCCGGCUUCCACAGCGAUGCCUCUGCUCUGGGAGAACUAAAUAUUGUGUAAGUAGGCAUGAACCUGGCUAGAGCCGUGGGACGACGCCCUUGGCAGUUCUCCAGAGAGGCCCGGUAUGUGGCUAUUAUCUAGAAUGUGGACGGACUGACUACGGCCCUGAGGCCAAGCGUGCCCACUGCCGGUUUCUGUAAGUUGUGCUGGAAUGCAGUCACAUGCAUUUGCUUAUGUAGACUAGUUUGUGACUACUUCAGCAGAACUGAGUCGUUGCAAAAGAAGUUGAGGAGGGGCCCGCAAAGCCUAAAACACCCGCUGGCCCUUUACAGCAAAAAUUUGCCGAUCCCUGAUCUAGGAUAUAAAGCGAGCCUGUUGGAAGGUUGAUUCACCAGGGGCCGUUUGUUAUAUUUUGUUUCGUUUCACAUUAAGAAGGAAUAAGUUAUACGGUUUGAGUGUUUGGUCGAGGCGAAUGGUGGGAACAGCAUAAAAUGAAGUGGCCCUCCCCAAAAGCAGUUUGUAAACUGUUCUUUCCCUAAUAAUAAUCUCCUUGGGUGCCCUGGGGAAAAAUCCGGCAUAACUUGCACCUGAAUGCCCUUAAGCAUGUAUUUUCUGCCAAAUCCAUUCUUCAAACAUUCUGCAGCCUGGGGUCCAGGCAGGGCUGGUAAGAGGAGAGAGGAAUCUGGGAAGUUACUGGAGUCCCAAGGCCAGGAAAGGGACUUAGGGAUUUUCAACACUUUGUCUUUGUUGAACUCAUGUGUGGGGGAGAGAAGAGCUAUAUGCUCGAGGGUUUUUCCCCUGUGACUUCCAAUUCUCAUUUGGGAGGCCCGGGAGUUGUGGCUUUAUACCAUAUUAAUAAAAGCAUUUUGAAACUUAAGAGCUAUAGAGAUUUGAAUAUUUAAAUCCCCCUAACCCUGAAAACACUUGGGCAGCUACUGGAGAUGUUUGAUAUUGUUGUAUUCUCAAAACAGCCGGUGUUUGAAACUUUUUCUCCACUUUUCUAUUGGAUUGGUUGUGUCAUGUCCGCAUAGCUUUGAAAAAAAAUACUCUGCAGAUUUAUGUUUAAGAUUUAUGUUUAUGCAUCCAAUGAAUACUAGUCUUCUUCAUUUAAAUACAUGUGUCCCCAUGUGGACACAGGGGACCUUAAUAUGAAUACAGCUCCAUAGUAAAAGUGGUAUUGGUAAUAGUAAUAUAUACAAUGCUAAUUGUAUAUAUGGUAGCAACCUAAAAAGGUUAAUGAAUGAGCACAUAUUCUUUUAGAACAAAUUUUUUAGAAACCUCAAUCUUGAUAUCUGAGCUAUCCUGGUUCCCUUAAUUGUGGGGACAGAAUCCUAUACUUAUGGCUAGAAAAGCUCAUUUGGGAUUUUUUUUUUCUAUGACAGAGUAGUAUCAGGACAACAGAGUCUGACCGAGGUAUAAUGGGGAAUGCUAUAAUAUGCUUGAAAGUUUGUCUUUACAGAGGAGAGACUUUAUAAGAUUUGAAAAACUUAGAAAAUUAAGAUUUUACUCAUUCUUGCCAGCAAGCACUACUUUAUUUAAAAAAAAAAAUGGUUUGGGCUCACUGUUAGAACAUAAAAUCUAAUGUUUUGAAACCAAGAUAUCACUUUAGAAGUUCACGCUGUCACUUAUAAUCAAAGUUGUUUUAAAGCAGUUUCCAAAUAUCUGUACUUCUGAUGUCAGAAUCAGAGCUGAUAAUGCUCUAAUUCUUCUUUAAUCUGAAGUAGAUAGCUUUUCCCUGGAAAGUAAAUAACACCAUCCUCCCAACCUCAGCUGUAGGCCAGACCCUAUUUCAAAACAUUUUCUCUCAAACCGAUAAUGUGUCCUGUUUGAAGCUCUGCAGGCAGCCGGAGUCUCUGUGUAUCACUAAGCACAGGUGUUAGGAGAGAGAAACUGUUCUGGGGUGAAAGUUUUAAAAUGAGGUGUUCUGGUCUUCACGCCCCACCCCCCACAGCCCUUUAACCUUCAAGGUUGCAAAGUGAAGGAUCUAAUGAAACCCUAUGAUCCUUGAGAGUCAGGAGUCCUUUUGCAAGUGCAAGAGGACAUGUGGGCCGUGACUAUCUGAAGAAGCACGUGAUGGGACUUCUUAGUUUUCAGCCCACUGCCAUAACCUGGUGGGUGCGCUAUUGGGGGGGAAAAAAAAGGCUGUGGUUUCCAGAUCUGGACCAUUCUGAGCAACAAACAAAUCAUGGUGAAUGGCUCUUCUUUGGUUGUCAUUUAUUUAAUGUUAGUCCAUAAAAUAAUCACUGCUGGAUACAAUCACAUGUUGAAACAAGUGUAUUCUCAUAUUUAUCUCUCAUUAAUUCCCAUAUCACAUCUAAAAGGAAAAGUAACCACCGAAAACAAUCUGUGGAAGAGGGACACUGGUUGGUCCUGGUGAAACUCUUGCAAUUUGCUAACUCCUUCCGAAAACUGAAAGGUCAUGGACUGUGUGUUUUCUAUAGGGAAUCAUGAAAGCAGUGUAAAACCAUAAUGUAAAACUAGUCACUAGAACCAGAAGCAGAUAAAUGCAGUGGAGAUCUGCUACUUUAUUGGCAUAGGCAAAGCCACUUGAAAAGGACAUCACCUCUUGGCCUAAAAAUAAAAAAGGACAGAUUUAAAAAAAAA